GACACCACAUGGACAGGUCGGUAGUCAUCUACUUGUACUCUCUGAUUUCUACGCUUUCAGUUUGUGAAACGGUGUUGAACUUGUGCUCAGCCUGGAAACCUCAACAUCUGAAAAUUCUUGUGUCUCUUUGGAUUGUUGGGAGAAAUGAUGCUUUGUCACUUCAUUUGUUUGAAUGCAUUUCUUGCAUUGCAAAGUAGGGCACUUCUGGUGGUCAGCGGUUGUGUUGCUGUCAGCAGUCAAGGAUCCGAUAUUGUUAUAAUGGCUGAUGCUAAUAAUGUAACUGCGAUGGAGCAGCUGGUCAACUCAACAAGCACUGAUUGGCCAGAAACCUAUCCGGACUCGGACACUGAUUGGUCAACAUUACGAAUCGUUAGUGUAACGCUUAACGUUCCGACUACAAUCUUGAUACUGACCCUUAAUCCACUCUGUUUGUGUGUCAUCUGGCGGGUGCCGGACACCCAGUCAACCAAUAAAGUCUUCAUGGCAUCGUUGAUUGCUGCUGACUUCUUCUACGGGCUCCUGGUGUGCAUUCCGGUAACUUUGUCGUUAAUCACCGGUUAUUGGCCCUUCGGCAGUUUCCUGUGUGCUACCUUCUCCGUGGUCGGUGAAUACAUGUUUGGCCUGAUAUGUUUCCUGUCCCUGUUGCAGCUGACGGUUGACCGGUACCUGGCUGUCGCCUGGUGUCUGCAUUAUUCCCGCCUGAUGACUCUGCGCCGAGCGAAAACCAUCACUCUGCUCAAUUGGAUCUUAGCACUCAUUGUCUCGUUUUGCGGACAUGUGGAAUUCUUUCACAAACAUCAGACAAUCGACAGCACGGAAUGUGACCUGGCAGCACGACUCGUGCUACAUUAUAUCCUAGUCGUACUAAUUAUCAUUGGGUUGAUUAUUAUUUUGAUGCUGUACCUGCAUAUUUUGGUUAUUGCCCGUCGCCAAGCACGGCGUAUUGCACAGGAAAACCAGCCAAUACCGGGACCCGCCCGAAAGAACACCAAAUCUUUCAGCACAGUCAUUAUUAUAUCCGCGGUAGUUUUUGUGGGCUGGAUGCCAUCACUAAUAAUUGAACUCGUGGACACUGUCAACGUUCCGUCUGCCGUCAUAUAUACUACAGAUUUUCUCUUCUUCAGCACCAACUGGAUCGACGCAGUCGUCUUCUGCCUGAGAAACAAGGAAUUCAGGGAGACGCUUCGCAAAAUGGCAGCCACUGGCUGUAAAGUUUUUCGCAAAUGCGACUGCAUUGAUUGCUGAAUCUGUACAACUUAUGAAAAAUACACUUUGAACUUUAGAUGGAAAAAAGUUGC